UCUCUCUCUCUCUCUCUCUCUCUCUCUCCCAGUAUAAGAGCGCAUCUGUUAUGGAAACCACAUCACACUGCAGCUCGCUCUCGCGCAGAAAGGAUGAUGAGCACGCGGACAGUGAAAUCCAACCCGGCCAUGAAAUUAAUGGUGCUUUUUACAACUUCUUUUUCCUGGGCCUUUCAGCAACAAGUUGUGCCUCCAAAGUACCAGCACAGAGACCCUGUGACUUCUGACCUCCUAAUAUGUGACCAGUGUCCUCCUGGGACAUCUGUGAGACAACACUGCACUGCUGACUCACCCACAGAAUGCCAGCCCUGUCCUGACAAGCAUUUUGCUGAGAACUGGCACUGGGGGGACAUGUGUCAGUAUUGUACCUUGGUGUGUAAGGAGAGGCAGCUAGUGAAACAACAGUGCAACAGCACUCAUGACCAGCUGUGUGAGUGUGCACCAGGGUUUCAUCUCAUGGUGGAGUUCUGUAUUGCACACACUCCCUGUCCUCCUGGUUAUGGAGUCACAGUAGCAGGUACCCCACUGAGUGACACAGUGUGUGGACAUUGCCCUGAUGGUUAUUUCUCCUCCCGCGCCUCCUCCUCUGAGCCAUGCCAGCCCCACAGAAACUGCUCAGAUUUUGGCCUGAAGACACUCAGGUGGGGCACAUCCACGUCAGACAGCCUUUGCAGCCCUCAGGACAAGAAGGCAUCACUGGAGUGCCCGCAGCAUCAGGCUUUGUGCCAUAAUGAUGUGAUUCUCUGUGAGGAAGCAGUUUUCCAGUCUCUGUCCUCGCUGCAUCUGUCUUCGGUUCCUCUGGAGAAGCUGCUAGAGAGCCUGCCUGGGCAGAAGGUGGAUCACAAGAGCCUGGAGAGGCUGAAGAAGACCUGCAGUCCCCAACAGCAGGUCCUGCACUUGCUGCGAUUAUGGCGGCAGCAGAACAAGGACAAGCUUUUUGGCAUUAUACAAGGGAUAAACCACUGUGAGAGAAAAAUCACCCGCAGCAGUGUGCUGGAAAACCUCACCAUUGACGACCUGAUGAAGGUGACCAACAGCCUGCCGGGGAUUCAAGUACAAGAGUAUGACGUGAGGGCCGUCGUCUCCACUUGUCCACCGAGGCAGCGUGUCCUGCAGAUUCUCUACCUGUGGAAAACGUCAAACCAUAAAAUGGAUCUGGCAAAAGGUCUAACUCUCAGCCUGAAGGCGUUGCGCAGCCAGGGGGCGCCGCGCCAUCUACUGAAAGGUCUCAAGAAGAUCAGCCGCAUCAUUGGAAGCACCUCAGCGCACAAGAUGUAUGAGAAAAUGUUUGUCAGCAUGCUCCAGGAUGACUCGUGUUUUAAAGCACUCAAGGCAUUGAAUGAUUGAAGUGCUGAGUGCUGGAUCUUCAGAGUUCAAGCCAUUUCAAAACCCUAAUGCAUUUUAAAACACAAAUGCAAUCACUAAAAACACAUUAAAUGUACAAACUAUGACACUAUUUAUG